CAAAUUAAAGAGAGAGAGAGAGAGAGAAAAAAAAAAAAAAAUCCUCUGCUUCAACAAUACCAUUUCUCCCCAUCUCUCUCUAUUUCUCUGUUUCGCCGUAGAAAAAUUGUCGGAACAGUAAACAAUUUCAUUCCCUAUAAAUUCCUAAAUUCUCUCCCUAAUUUCUCUCUAUCUCUCUCUCUUUCUUGAAAUUCUUCAUCCAAACAGAAGCAGUUGAAAUGGGAGCUUGUGCGACUAAGCCCAAGGCCGACGGCAGCUUGGCUCCGGCACCGGAACCGGAGAAGAAGGAUGUUGAUGCUGUAGUCGCUGUUGAACCUCAGAACAAAGUUGACGUUCCGGCGGUGGAAGAAGUUUCCGGAGAGGGAAACCAAAGCGAUAAAGGCAAGGAAGUUGUUGAUGUCGACGACGAUAAGGUGGAUGAUCAGAGUGUUAAACGCCGUUCACUUAGCAACUUAUUUAAGGAGAAAGAAGGGAGUGAAUCACUUGAAUGUGAAAAGCCAGCUGGGGAAACAGAGACGGUGGAGUCUAAAGAGACAGAAAUACAUACAAAAGAAGUUGAGAUAAAGGCACCUCAAACUGAAGUAGAAAUCGAAACGUGUACCGAGGCGGCGGAGACAAAGGUGCUUCAAACUGUACUAGUAACUGAAGAUGCUGACACGAAGGCACCUCAAACUGUAGUAGAGACCAAAAAGGAUACCGAAGAAGCUGAGACGAAGGUGCCUCAAACUGUUGUAGAAACUAAAGAACAUACUGAAGAAGCUGAGACAAAGGCACCUGUAACUGUAGUAGAGGCUGAAAAGCGUACCGAAGAAGUCAAGACAGAGACACCUCAAAUUGUAGUAGAGACUGAAAAACAUACCGAAGAAGAUGAGACAAAGGUGCCUCAAACGGUAGUAGAGGCUGAAAAAUCUGAAAUUCCAAUUGAAAGGAUACAGAUCACCGAUGUUCCCACAACUUCUGAGACCAUUAUUGUGGAGAAAGUAAUUGAGCCUUCACCAUCUGAUGUUACGCCAACAAGUGAAACAUCCGAGGAAAAGAGAUCAGAAGAUGUCAAAUUGCCGGAGAAAGUCGAGAAAACUGACGUAGUGACAAUAGUUGAAGCAACACCAGCAAAAGAUGAGAGUAAUACAUCUGAGAAUAAGAAAGAAGAUAUCAGUGAUGUCAAGAAGACCGAGACAGAGACACCGAAAGAAACCGAACCGAAGCCUGUUGGUCCAACUGAAAGCAGUACCAAACCAGCACAGGAAAACGAUGAAGUAGUGAAGGUAACUGCUGAGGAAAAAACAAGUUGAUGAAAAGUGAGGCAUUUAAGGUGCAAGUAUAGAAAGUAAAAGAAGAUGCUUUUGUUCUUGGCUGUUUAAAUUUAUUAUGUGGGAGAAGCUUUGCCCAAAGAAGAAGUGGCUGCAAUCUGCCAUGAUCAGGAUUAAGAUUGUUAUAUGUGGUUUCUAAGCAACUUCUUGAGAGGCUUUGUUUCUAUUGUUUUGUUGUAUAUCAUUUGUUGGUUUUUCAUUGAAUUGCACAUUCUCUUUCCUUCGCUUUGCAUGUAAACAUAUGAGUUUGUCAGAGUAAUAUGAACAUAGAAUGUCCUAUUUUAAAUGUGAAAUUUACAAUUCUUCAUCA